GUGUAUUUCUUUAGGUUACUGUGUGUUUGUAGUCUGGCGGAUUGAUACGACGGCACCUUUCUGCAAGCGGCGAGAGACGUCAAGUUAGUGCUACUAGGUAGCAUACGUUAGCCAUUCGUCGAUAUACAUUGUAGGGAAUGGUAGGUUAUGAACGGUACGGUUAGUCUGACAUGAUAUUAUAGUGAAAUUCCCCUUUGUCACAGCCCGGUCGAUGUUUAUGGAUUGCCAGAAGUUGAUGUGUCUUUAAAAGGAUUUCCAGGUAACUAUACGAAAAUGCCAUUGCACGGUAAAAUAGUGGUGAUUAAGAGGAGCGGAGGAGAUGGGACUGAGUUCCCUCUUACUGCAACGUGCUUAUUUGGAAGAAAGCCUGACUGUGAUAUUCGUAUUCAGCUUCCUCAAGUCUCCAAGGAGCACUGCAGAAUUGACUUGAAUGAAAAUAAAGAGAUCAUUUUGACAAAUUUGAGCUCUGUGAAUCCAACUCGUGUCAACGGAGAGGCUUUGCAGCAGUCUGAGCGUUUGAAGCAUGGAGAUGUGAUAACCAUUAUUGACCGUUCUUUCAGGUUUGAGUCCCCUCCAGCACCCACACCAAAGAAGAGGUCUUCCAUUGGAGGCAAAACUGAAACAUUCAAAGUUCUUCAAGAUCAGCAGGUGGGGGACGCAGUUACUGCUGAGAGUGAAGAAAAAAGGAUCUCUGAAGUUUCCACAGACCCUCAUCUGAAAGAUGGAGCUAACCAUGACAACAUCCAGCGAUCCCUGGAGAAAACCAUGGAGCUGGACUCCAAAGAGGAGACCACCUCCCCCUUCAACGAUCUGUAUCAAAUGAUCAAGAAAUCUCUGGAUGUCAAGACCCCUCGGAAAUCUUCCGUCAGUGUGCUUCAAACACCUACUUCAAGGUUUUGUACUCCAAAACCUGCUUCAGUCAGGAAGAAUGAGGCAAAACCUGUCAUUUCCACAGUGGAAAAAAGCACUCCUAAGAAGGAUGAAGCUAAAGUCUCUGCUGUAACCAAGGUUGAAGAUGUAAGCGCCGGGACCCCGAAAUCUGUCAAGAAGCAGAGACGGUCCUCCCAGGUCCUGUCUGCUGAUACUCCCAGACCUGAAGCGGAAAAUGCUGAAGCAACUUCACCACAGAAGAGGAUCCGUACACCGCCCCAGAGGUUCACACCUGAGGUCAAAUCACCUGUGAGACGAAGAAGCAAGGAGGCCACACCUACAGUGAAAGAGAUGUCCAAAAAACGCAAAAGUGGAGAACUUGCAGCUGACUUGCCAACAUCACAAAUGAAGAAGAAACGGGUUUCUUUUGGAGGUUUUCUGUGUCCCGAGUUAUUUGACAAACGCCUGCCUCCUGACUCUCCAUUACGCAAGGGUGCCGCUCCACGGAGAAGCUUGUGUGUGUCCAAACCCAAACAGUCACUCCUUAGACGAGCAUCAGUCAUUGGUUUGCUGCAGGAGUUUGACAAUGAGCAUCCAGAUAGUCCUGCAAAAAGGAAGACUCCUUCACCCAAGAAGACCUCAAGUGCUAAGUCUUCUCCCAAGACUCCAACACCUGGAAAGAAAUCACCAAAAUCCACGUCUACAACUCCCAAGGCUGCAUCUCCUGGAAAGAAGUCACCGAAAUCCGGAUCAACCUCUCCCAAGGCAGCAUCCCCUGGCAAGAAAUCCCCCAAAUCCAGCUCUCCUUCUACCAAGGCUGUCUCUUCUGCAAAGAAAUCACCCAAAUCCAAGAGUCCAUCUCCUGCCAGAGGAAAAUCUCCCGCUGUUGGUGGAAAAGCAGGAGCCCAGACCCCCACAGUACAAGGGCGCUUCUCUGUGUCACUCAUCAGCACUCCAUCUCCAGUUUCAGAAGAUGUUGUGGCUGACCAGGUGCCCGUAGUCACUGCAACGCCGAGGAGGAAGAGCAUUUCACGGGAGACUGCAAAGAGUGCUGCGAAAGUAAUUCGCAGAAGUGGCAUUUCACGGGCAUCUCUGAAAGUCAAAAGUUCCUGGGCAGACAGGGUGAGAUUUGGGCAACCAAAACCUCAAGUGAUUGCUCCUGCUAAAACAGCAGUCAUCCAAAAGCCAAAGAAGAAGGCUGUACCCAAACCACAGACUCCUGCCAGAAAAAUCCAUGGCCAUUUCAGCACCGGACAUGCAGACUCCCCUGUUACCAUCGUUGUGGGCAGAGCUCACAGACAGAAGGUUGUGCAUCCAACUGGUGCUGCACCAAGACUGGUCACCAACACUGCAGUGCUUAAGAAGGACAUGAAAAUGGAUGAGGACCUGACAGGAAUCGUGGAUAUGUUCAAAACCCCUGCAAGAAAGAGGAGAUCUGUGAUGGAUGACAGCGAUGCCACAAAGACACCAGUGGGAGCACUGGGCACAUCUGUGGUCGAACCAUCAGUGCUGAGCACACCAGAGGAGCCAGGUGAAAUGAUGGUUUCUCCUCUGAAUGUCACAUCUACAGUAAAAGACAGAAAAUACAACAGUGAGGCAGUCCAGCGUCUCCUUAACGACGAUCAAGAAUCUAGCUUAAUCAGUGACGCCCCUGCCUUGGAGAUCGACUCUGAGGAUUCUAACGAACAGCAGUGCACAGAUUUGAAGACGGCAUCUGUCACAACACCCAAACAGAAGCCAGAAUUGCCUGAGUGUCUCACUGGAGUGAAGAGGAUCAUGAAGACCCCAAGACAGAAGACUGAGCCCAUUGAGGACCUGAGGGGGAAGAUUUUGAAAACUCCAAAACAGAAAGCAGUGCAACAGGAGUGUCUUACUGGAGUGAAGAGGAUCAUGAAGACUCCUAGACAGAAAGCUGAGCCAAUUGAGGACCUGAGGGGGAAGAUUUUGAAAACUCCCAAGCAGAAAGCAGUGCAACAGGAGUGUCUUACUGGAGUGAAGAAGAUGAUGGAGACUCCAAGACGGGAGGCUGAACAUGUAGAGGACAUCAAAGUGGAACUUCUGACAACUCCCAAACAGAAGCUUGAACAACUGGAGGCUGAACCUGUUGAGGAUCUUCAAGAAAAAGUUCCAGAAACGCCCAAAGCUCUGGAGGCUGGUGAUGCAGAUUCAGAUCUUGUCGAGGAGCUUGUGGAGGCACCAGCGCAGACGCAAGAAUCUGAAGACCUUUCUGAAAUGCCCAGCGUGGACACUCCAAACACGAAGAGCUCCCCAGCGGCCAGUAAGAGAAUGAAGAAGACCCCCAGGGAGAAAAGUGCUCCAGUUGAAGAUAUGGUUGGUGUGAAAAGGCUCAUGAAAACCCCCAGAGUAAAGGGCGAAGCUGUUGAGGAGAACUUUGGGAUCAAGAGACUUGUGACGAGGAGGAGUAAAGCAUCAGUGGAAGACUUUCGGGGACUUCAGGAGCUCAUGGAGGAGCCGCUGACUGAACCCACAGGACAAAUGGAGACAAAUGAGGUGGAAGAUCAAACCUCUCUGGAACGCGAUGAAGUUGCAGCAAAAGAACUGGACUUUGCCCCUGAGGAGCCACAAGACGAUGUGCCAUCAGAUGUGGUUGAUGUUCUUGAAGUUGACGUAGAAAAAGAUGAAGUUGUCGUUGAUGACCACUUGGAGGAGGUGCCAAGUGGCAGUGAUGAUAAUGAAUCAUCAGAUGCCAUGGAAACUGUUUCUCAAGCAGCUGUAGAGGAGAAUGUUUCUGCAGAACAACCCACAGUAGAUGCAGCAGAUGAAAAGCUAUCCCAAGACCAACCUGAAGUGGAUACCGCAGAUGAGAAUAUCCCUGAGGAAGAACCUAAAGUGGACACAGUAGAAGACCAACCUGAACACGUGGACACAGUGGAGGAGAACAUAACUGAAGAACAACCCGCAGUAGAUGCAGAAGUUGAGAAACUAUCCAGUGAUGAGCCUGAAGUGGAUACCGCAGAUGAGAAUAUCCCUGAGGAGGAACCUAAAGUGGACACAGUAGAAGAUCAACCCGAACAAGUGGACACAGUGGAUGAGAUUGUGUCUGUGGAACAACCCGAAGUGGAGACCGCUACUGCCGAAGUCACGGAAAUGGAGACCACUGCUACGAAUCCUGCCCAGGAGAAGAAAUCUGUUCGAGGCCGAAGAGCAAAGACUGUGGAGUCUAAAGCAGCUGAUGACGAACAGCAGGCAGCAGAACACUCUGAAGAUGCUGUCGUCUCUGCUCCAGUCAGAGGGACGAGAGGGAAGAAAACUGAAGCUGCAGCACCACCCGCUGUCAGACAAACGACAAGAGGAAGAAAUGCAAAGUCUCAAGAAAGCGUGGUUGAUGAGCCUGCAGUGGAGAAAAGUGAGCCCCUGCCUGCUAAAGUUGCCCCUAAGCCUAAAAGAGGAAGAAAUGCCAAAAAAGCUUCAGAGGAUCAAGCAGAAGUGGUUCAAGAAGUUGCCACUGAAACUGAAGUGGUGGCAGAACCUGAGAGUGAACCUACUCCACCAGUUGACCCCAAAGCAGAUGACGGUGCAGCACCCCCAGAGAAGGCUGUGAUCAAGCCCAGGCGAGGGAGAAAAACUAAAAAGCCUGAGGAAUCCGUGCCAGAGCAGCAAGAUGUGCCCAGUAUUCAAAGUGACGAGGUUCCACAGCCAGAAGUGACAAAAGAUGAAGAUGCCAAUAAUGUCUGCAGUGACCAGCUGGAGGUGGCACCCACUGAAAAUGAUGAAAAUAAACCAUCAGAAACCAUGGAAACGGUUGCCCAGGUGCCUGUAACUGAGAGUUUACCUGAAGUCACAGAAAUGGAUGCACCUGUCAUUCAGAAGAAAACUGUUCGAGGCAGAAGGGCUAAAGUGGUGGAGUCUGAAUCAGCUGAUGGUCAACAUGAAGCAGCAGAAGAGCCGGUUGUCUCUCUUCCAGUCAGAGGAAGAAGAGGGAAGAAAACUGAAGUUGCUGCACCGGCCGCUGUUAGACAGACUACAAGAGGCAGAAAUGCAAAGUCUCAAGAAAAUCCCACUGAUGAUGCUGAAGUGCAACAAGAGAAAGCUGUGGAAACACCAGCAGCUGAGAUUUCCACUGAAGCUGUGAUUGACCAGACUCCUUCAGUAACAGAAAACAAAUCUGCACCCCCUGCAGAGGAAGCUGUCGUGAAGCCUGUUAGAGGCAGAAAAACUAAACAAACACCCAUCGAGCCGCCUCAGCCAGAGCCAGAGAAGAAUGAAGUGAUUGACGAGCCCGUAACAGACGCUCAGCCUCAAAAGUCCGUUCCUGCUCUUGUAAAACCCAGAAGAGGGAGAAAGACGAAAGCUGAUGCUGUUGAGGAAAACGAGGUAGUAGAAGACACAGUUGUAGCCAUGGAGACCAAGGAGCAGGCUCAGCCUCCAGUCAGGGCUAAGAGGGGAAGAAAUGCCAAACAGGAAGAAGAGAAGAUGGAGACUACUUCGGUUGAGACUACUAAAUCUCAGGAGCCAGCUAAGAAAGUAAGGAGAACAAGGAAGGCGGAGCAAGAAGAACCAGAAGUCCAAGCAGUUGAAACUGUCCCAGAGGAGGCUGAAGCUCCACUUGUUGCUGAACCAGUGAAGAUCGAUGAACAGGCGGCUGUGGCUGCCAAACCAAGGAGAGGAGGGCGUAAAGCAAAACUAGACACAGAGAGUGAGGCCCCUGUCGUCUCCACUGAGGUCCAAGAGAUCCCUGCCGUCACCUGCAACAAACUCAAACGCGGUAAGAGAGGAAAACAGGUUGCUGAGGAGGUUGAGGCCCCUGCUGCAGUCCCAGAGGAAAAACAUGACAAUCAGCUGGAGGCUGAAGAGAAGAAGGACGCUGAGACAGAAGUUCCAGUCGUUAAACCAAGCAAGGCAAGGGGCGCAAAAACAUCUGUGAAAAAUGAGGUUUCUCAAGCUGUUCCAGCCAAGAGAGUCCGACGAGGUGCAGCUCCUCCCGUUGAGGAGAACAGUGCAGAAUCCACAGUUGUGGUUUCGGAGCCUGCAUCAGUGGAGCCGGUCAAAAGAGGGAGACGGGCAGCAGCAAAGCCCACAGCAGAGGAGGCCACAGUAACCAGCGUCCAGGCAAAUCCUUCCGAAGAUGCGAGCAAUGCUGUUGUGGAAGAGACCAAAACCUCCAAAAGAGCAGUUAAGUGGAAAGCUGACUUGGAAGUCAUUGAAAUUCCAAAAGCAACACCUGUAAGGGCAGUUAAAGGGAGGAAGUCCAAACUUCAAGCAGACACUGAAAGCAACACUGCGUCAAAGGAAGCUGACAAAUCUGAAGAGAAGGAUCUCUCGGAUGAAGUUGCUGAAGCUCAGCCAGUCAAGAGAGCCAGGAGAGGGGCAAAGGUCGCCGAUGUAACCGCUGACGAAGCAGAGUCCGCUAGCAAGGGGAAAGGUGUUGAGGCUGAGAUGCAGCCAAAAACCCGGAGAGGAAGAUCUGCAAAGAAAUAAAAACUUCUGUAUAUAUUCAUAAUCUUAAACAUUUUUCCUUUUUUUUAAAAAACAUUUUGUUCAUUUUUAUUAUAUCAUCGAAUUUUAGAAAGUAGUUUUAUCGACUGAAAAUGAAGCACUGCUUUUUUCUUUUUUCCAAUACAGCAGGGAAUUUGGUGUAACCAUUUAUUUUAAGUUGUAUGUUGUUCAUUGUUGAGUUUGCAAAUAUUUUUUAUGGUGAAAAAAGUGAUUAAAUUUUUUGUACAAUGAAAUUUUUUUGUCUAAAUUUGUCUUUACUUCAAACAUUUCUCUGGUGGUCUGUUCAGCCACGUGGUGUCAAAAUGAUUGACAUGAUGAUCCACCAAGUAAUUUGAAAUACAUUGUAAAAGCACCUGAAGCUUAUGUGUAGCCUGUUGGUUGAAGGUAUGAAUAUAUGCUUUACUGACUGGGUGCCAUCAUUGUCACAUUUUUGUCAGACUGAAAAGGGAAAUUAUUUACAUUUGCCUUUAUGUGUA